AUGAUUGGACCAACUUCGCAACAAGAAUCUCCAGCUUAUUAUCCUCAAACCCAAGUCCCACCGAAUUACGUCGCUUCUGCUGGACGGGAUAAGAGCUAUUAUAAUCUGCAAGAAACAGAAAAUGUCACUUGCGCAGGAAAAUCAUUGAAUGAGGAUUAUCCUCAAGAAACAAAAACAAAAAAUGAUUUCCACUAUUCUCCAAUACAGGCCGGUCACAAUUCAGCCCCUCUCAACUGGCUCGAGGGACCGGCCAGAACUCAGCCACUUCGAACACCUCAAGCAAAAGCUACUGUCUAUCCUCUGCGAAACUUGGAUACAGACACUGCUAGACUGCAACAUCAUCCAACCAAACUCUCUAUUUCACAGCCAAUGGGACAAUUCGGUCAAUGUGGUGAAUGCAAAAGUCCAAGAACAGGAUACAAUUGGUGUCAAUAUUGCAACAGCGAACUGUUUCGGGAGAGUUUUGCGAAUUGGAGUGACUCCGAAGAAAUUGACGAUUUUAUUCAAAUAGCUCAACUUAAGGCAGUCAAUGUCAGAUCUAUCCUGGAGUGGAUAGACAAUGAAGAAUUCACAAACAUGAAGCAUCUUGCAAAUGGUGGUAACAGCUCAGUAUUUAUAGCACAUUGGCCUAGAGGACCUAUUCGGACAUGGGACGCAAACGGCGAUAAAUGGGAACGAGGCUGGGGUCAGGCAAAUUCAGACAUAAUUAUAUUGAAACGUAUAAGAAAUUCUAAUAAAUUGGGCGCAUAUCACCAAUUCAGUAUGUUGGUUUCGCACGUCGUACGUUGUUAUGGCAUCUCGCGCUGCCCAUCCACUAAUGAGUUUAUUGUCGUCACCUCAUAUGCUGAGGAUGGAGAUCUCCGGCAGUAUAUCUCCAAGAACUUUGAUAGCUUUACUUUACAGAAAAAAAUCAUCACACUCAGAGAUAUUGCAAGCGGCUUAGUGACCAUUCAUAAAGCGGGACUGUUGCAUAAAGACUUGCAUCCUGGAAACAUUCUGCGAUCUGGUACCUGGACAAUGAUAAGUGAUCUCGGUCUUUGCUGGAAUAAGGGCUCUGUGACAGGAAAUGAAGAGACAAUUCAGGGUGUGCUUCCCUAUAUAGCACCAGAAGUUUUACAAUGGCAAAUGCCAUACACUCGAGCAGCUGACGUUUAUAGCAUUGGAAUGAAUAUGAAGAGAACAAGUCCACGGACCCUAUAA